CUCUCAGAUACCAGGGGAUGUCAGAGAGGGAGUACGGCGUACAGCAGCUCUCUGACAGAAACAACUAUGUGGCAUAAGUAACCCUGCAACACCGUAUCAGAGUUUUCCUCCACACGGACCCGCCGAGUAACCUCCAGCCGGUGUUUGGAUCGUAACUGGAAAUGUUUUCUUAACUUUUUUAAAAAAAUGCUAGCUAGCUAGUUAGCUUCCGGGUUCGCUUCAAGUUGUCGUAAACUGGCACACUCCGACCCGAAAUUCAGACAAAUUUGACCCAUAAACAUCAUCUUCUGCAAGGUUAACCCGAAUUGUAAAGCGGAAAAAAUGCAGUCGGUUAAUGUUUUCGGCAGCACAAGCCCUGUCAACACGGCGCAGAAAAGUAGGCCCGAAGGGAUCCCCGGGCUUUCCUCGCUGACGCUGCCGGACCUGAACACAAAGAACCUCCACCGCAGGAAUCUCUUCUCCCCUGGAGCUGAGACUGUCCUCUCUCCCAUCACUAAUCUGGCUCUAGACAUGAACAAUCUAGCUGGACUGGGAAGUCAAUGUGAUACCCCCAAAAGAAAAAGACAUGCACAUCUUGAGAAAGUUCCCUCCUUUGCUUCUGAUGCAUCAUCUGAUGCUGGCCUCGGCAUGGAUCUCCCGAGCCCAUUGGAAUCUGUCGAAAUUGAGGGCACAUUUGAAAGCCGUAUUAAACAGUCAAGCACAAUUGUCAAUGAGAGGAUGCCCUUUCGAAGAAACAACUCAUUGCCUUCUCAGCUCUUAUGUUGCAGUCCGUCUCUGAAGGGACAGGAAACGGAUUCUCACCGCUAUGGAAUAUUUGGCCAACAGCCCUCACAAAUUCCCACCGCCUCCACAUCCCAGUGCGACAACAAGGAGAACAUGUCCGAGGAAAGCUUUGAAUUCAAGAAACCAACCCGACCAGUGUCACGGUGUCGCGUUCGCUCCUUCAACGGUGGACACUCAAAGGAUGCGUUUGCCCGUCGUCCCAAUUCAGCACCAGCCCUCAUGUUUUCUUCACCGCCUCAAGUCCAGUGCUUGGAUACUUUUGACUCCAGCCCCGUGUACCUGAGACGUUCUUCCCUCACCUGCUCUCCAAAUGAUGACGACGAUGAUGGCUUCCUGGAGUUGGACGACAACAUGGAGAAUGACUCUGAGAUGCCGAAAGGAAUGGCGAGCUUGCUCACUGCACCGCUGGUAGCUGACAACACAGGAGAAGACUCUCCUGUGAUUCGCUGGCGGCCACGCAGUCUGUUCCGCUCGCCCUCCAUGCCCAGUCCAGUGUCCCGGCCCUCUGUGAAACGUCCCGAUUGCCCAGGAGAUGAAAACACGCCUGUCCGGGUCAAGAGACGACGCAGCCUGGCGGGAACGCAGGUCACCACCUUGGAACAGGAUCCUGAAUCUCCACGGAUGGGCUGUUCACUGCUCCAGAGGUCCAAGUCGUUCUGUCAGACGGAGAUCGAGAAGCUGUUGGACAAUGAGAAGCCUUUUGUACUACCAACGGUGGACGGAAAACAUCAAGACCUCAAGUAUAUUACCCCAGAAACAAUGGUGGCAGCUCUCACCGGUCAGUUCAAUCAUCUGGUCGAGAGAGUCAUCGUCAUCGACUGCCGCUACCCCUACGAGUUUGAAGGAGGACACAUCAUGGCCGCUCUGAACCUGCACCAGGAGGACCAGGUUCAGGAUUUCCUCCUGAAGACCCCCAUCAUCCCGACCAACCCAGACAAGCGCGUCGUCAUCGUCUUCCACUGCGAGUUCUCAUCAGAGCGCGGCCCUCGGAUGUGCCGCUACGUCAGGGAGCGGGACCGCGCCAUGAACGACUAUCCCAUACUGCACUACCCCGAGCUCUACAUCCUCAAGGGUGGAUACAAGGAGUUCUUCCCUCAUUUCAGGUCUCAGUGUGAACCUCAGUCCUACCGACCCAUGCACCACAAGGACUUCAAGGACGACCUGAGGAAGUUUCGCCUGAAGAGUCGCACCUGGGCCGGCGAGCGCAGCAAGAGGGACAUGUACAGUCGUCUGAAGAAGCUGUGACCUGCUCCCUCGACGUCCGGCCCCGCCUCUAAAGACCCGCCUCUUCCCUCUGAACCCGAACAGACUUGAGCUGCCUCCUCACGGGGCCCGAGGGUACCACCCGCCUCCCGCCGCUCAUUUAACUAUAGCAAUCCUAGAUAUUUAUGCAAAUUUGGAAGCGGGGAAGACGUGAAGUUUCAGCCGCUGAGGUGCUGUGACGUAAAACCGCUCCGAAGCGAUGUGAUAAUUGUAAAAAAAACCACUUGGACCUACUGCCUGUUUUAAAGUUUUAUUAUUAUGUUGGAAGAGGCGACUCGGAUCACUGGCCAGUUGCAUCAGCGUCAACCCAACCACACUGCCACGUCUCAGUCUCCUCACUGGAUCUGUGUGUUUUUAUUUUGCGUUCGCCAUUUCCCACCUUUUUAUUUAAAGCACUUAUUUAAAUACCUUUUAAAAUGGUGAAGUGCUUUAUUCAAGUCAUUUUAAUGAGUUUUGUCGAUUUCUUCUAGUUUUUUGUUGAAACCCGCCUUUUCUCUAGAUCUUCCAAAAAGCAAAUCAGAUCAUUUUAAUCAGAAAUUGUAAACGUUCAGGCUUUUCCUUCCUGAUCUUUGGCAAUACCUUUUUUAACUUUUUCUUGGUCAGGAGAUACCAAAGCAACCAAAACUACCUGUUUAACUUUGCAGUGCUUUGUUGUUUUUUUUUUUUUUGUGUCUUUCUUAAUGCUGCAGGUCGGCAAGUGCAAAAAGAGUUUUGAUCUUAAACAAACCUUUUUUGUUCUGCUUUGAUUCCUGUGAUUUUUCAGAUAAAAAUGUCUUGUUGUGCAGUGCUGGUGAUGUUGGAUGAUAAAGAACAUGGUGUUUUGACUUGUGGUACAGGCUUGUAGAAGAGCUGCUGAAAUAAAGAUCCAAUGUGCGUUUAAUUAUGAUG